AUGACUUUCCCACACUCGUUGCUCCUGGUGGAGAUACUAGCCAUAAUAAUAGGGCUUGUUGGGGCCCAAUCCAGCGCCUUCACCGCCUCGGAUGACUCAGAUUUAUGGCAGUAUCGGACGCUCCCUCAACAUCGCAUCCCCAAAUGGAACAUCACUCAUUAUCAUCGCGAUGCCACCGCGCCAGGUUACUGGUUUGUCGCUCCCUACUGGGUCACCGUCGGGGAACCCUACACCACCCGAUGGAUGCCCUAUCAGGUGGGUCCCUAUAUUUAUGAUCAAGACGGCGAGUUGGUGUGGACAGGCGCCGAGUACACCGACAACCAGAACGCCUUCGACCUGCGCGUCGUCACCAAUGUCCCCGGCCGACCUCAACUCUCCCUGAUGGUCCAGACCGGACUGGGAGUGGACCUAGAACAUGCCAAUGGCACUGUGCUGGACUACCAGUACCGCGAGCUAGCCAGCACCCCCGUGUACGACAAGCACGAGUUCUACGUCUACGCCCCGCACAAAGCGCUCGCCAUCCACCAGUGGCCCAAGGUCGUCGACCUGGCCGAGAUCGGCCUCCCUGGCGUCUCUCGCGAGAUCAAGUUCCAGGGCUUCCGCGAUGUCGAUUACAAGACCGGCCAUGUGUUCUUCGAAUGGAACUCCGAGGGCCGGAUUCCCCUCCACGAGACCUUUGUCGACAUCACCGUCGGCACACCCCUCAACGGCCAAGAUUACAUCCACUGCAACGCGAUCGAAAAGACCAAACAUGGCGACUACCUGAUGUCGUGUCGCCACUCGAGCACAAUCUACUUGAUCUCCGGGCAGGACGGGGCCAUCCUCUGGCGACUGGGCGGGAAGGGGAACAAUUUUCAGAAAGACUUUGACUUUUCGUGGCAGCAUGACGCGCGCAUUAUCCUCCAUACCGAGGGGCGUCUGGUGAUCUCCUUCCUGGACAAUGCGGCGGAUGAGCUGACCAACGACAAGCCCGUCUCCUCGGCCAUGAUCGUGGAACUGGACUUGGUCAAGUACCAGGCGAAGCUGCUGAACCAGUACUUCCGGCCGGAUGGCAAUCUGACGCGGCGACGGGGCAGCACGCAGCUCCUCCCCAACAACAAUGUGUUCGUCUCCUGGAGUGACUACGGGUAUAUCAGCGAGUUCGACCACGAUGGCCGUCUUUUGACCGCCGCCCGCUUCGCCAGCGACCGGUUCGGCAAUUACCGCGCCUACAAAUUCCCCUGGUCGGCCCAGCCGGCCGAACCCCCCGUGGUAGUUGCGGCUGUCGUGGGGAUCAACGGCUCCGAGCUCGUGACGGAACUGUACGCGAGUUGGAACGGAGCGACGGAAGUCAAGUUCUGGCGGUUCUGGGCGCGAGCAGCCGCGGACGCGGACAAGGUUCCCAUUGGCAUCGUCCCCCAAACCGGCUUCGAGACAAGCUUCAUCGCUCGAGGCUACAUGGACUGGGUAUCGGCCGAGGCCCUCGACGCCGACCAGCAUAGUCUGGGAAUCUCCGGGGUCGUGCGCAGCAGUCCGCCCAGCUACUGGGCUCCCGGAGCCGACCGGCCCCAGCCCGAUGAUCCCCAGCUUCUGCUCUUCCCUCCCCCGCCAGAGAAGCCAAGCUGGUCCCCCAGCUCGAUCGUGGUGGUUCUUGCCGCAGGGCUGGGGCUCAGUACAUUGUGCUGGCUGUUACUUGCACUCUUCUCUGGUGUUCGACGUGUUCGACAUCGCGUGCUUGCUGGAUAUACCAAAGUGCAUUCAAUAGACUAA